AUCAAAUAUUUUCCAGGAGAAAUGUCGAGUACUUUUAUGAAAGAAGAAUCAAAAGACUUAUUCUAUGGUCAGUUUGAGAAUGUGAAGUCUGAGAAGUUGGAGUAUGUUUACGAAAGUAUGCCAAUCACCCUUGUUCCGGACAGUGUUCCAGGUGAUCACAUUCCAUUAACUCUGUCUAUAGACUAUGCGCCUAGAGAGGGUUCCUCCACUGAAAUGUAUGUUGAAAAACGGUUUGAUUGCAAUCUUUGUGACAAAUCAUUUAAAUACAAGCAUGGUUUAACUGACCACAUGAAACGAAAACACGAGGGAACGUCCGUUGUUGUAGACUUUGGUUGUAAUUAUUGCCAGAAGUCGUUUGCAAGCAGUGCAGCGCUGCACCGGCACACUCUUACUCAUACCAAUCAGCAGAUCCCCUGCAGGAAGGAAGGGUGCGGUCAAGUGUUUGCAUCUGAGAGCGACAUGAGACAGCACAUCGAGCAGGAGCACCUUGACAAGAAGUUCAGUUGUCGUGUCUGCAGCAAGAUGUUCACCAGAGUCUCCAAUCUCAACAGACACAUGAAACUUCAUCAGAACAUACGAGAGUUCCCAUGUACAUUGUGCGGUAAAGAGUUCACACAGCGAGUCCACCGUGACAAACACAUGAUGAUACACUUCAGAUCCUCGAACCAAUGUCCAAAAUGUUCCGCUGUUUACACAAAACUCAAAUAUUUCAACAAUCACGUGACCAAUGUAUGUUACAGUCACACCACAGUCUACAACCCUCCAACUCUAGCUGAGAAACUGACCACAAAAGUCCAGAUUACCGAGCCAGUUCCCUACAAAGUUCCCUACAAAGUUCCCUACAAAGUUCCCUACACCACAUACGCAACACACACCUCAAUACCCUUUCCCCCCACUAAUUACACGAUGAUGUGUCCCAUAUGUAUGGCCUUUCAGCAGGAUUUAAAGCGGUUACGGGGGCACAUCAUCAACGUUCAUCAUGUGGACAACAUUUGCCCGCAGUGCAAUACCAAACACAACGAUUUCAAUGAGUUUGUAACACACCUGCGGGAGUGUUAUGUAGAGGAUAAGGAAUCUUCGACCAUGCUCACUGACUUUGCUAACUCUCUUCUGGAUAGCUUCCAGUUUCAUUGAAACUUUUACCUUGUAGCUAUUAUAUAUUUGUGUAAGUAAAUGUCACUAUAUGUUUUAUUUUAUGAAGCUGGUCCAUGUCCAUACACCGUGGAACACAUACCUUGUUAUAUGUUUUAUUCUUUAUUUAACGAAAUGAUUUUCACAAUAGUUUAUUUGAUUGAAGCAUUUCUUGCUAUAUAUUUUUAUUUUCAGGAUUCUGUCCUGGUAUUGUUUUAUAUUUCUUUUACAGCUAUCAUAGCAGAUCAAGGUAGGCUUAUGUGUACAGAUUUAUCAUUUAAAGAUGAACAGGUAUCAUCUUGUGUAGAACAUGUAUUGUGCACUGUAUUAUUUGAUUUAUAUUUAAUUGGAGCAUUUCCUGUGUGCUUUCGUGAUGUAAUGCAUCUCGUUCAAAGUUUUUUUCCUGUUUAAUACAGAAGAUGGUAUCUUAUCAUACAAAUUACUUUGAGAAUACAUGCUGGCUUCGUAGUUCUGCUAACGUCUCCUGAAUUAUUGGUUUACGAAAGAAUCUCUUUUAGUGCCACUUUUAGGCAAGUAUCAGAUAUUUGAUUUUAGGGGCUUAUAUUUCAGAGAAUCUGAUUUCUAAACGUUAAAAAUGUAUCAUAUUUGUAAUAUGAGCUGAUUCAUUUCAAGUUACUAGAUUGUGAAACUGCUCUAAGUAUGAAUUGCAGCAUCUCAUCUCUCAUCCAUAUCAUUUGGUUCUCACAACUUCAAUGCAAGCUAACUAUGUCCAUCUGGUCUUUGUGAAGGUACAACAAAGUUCUCAACUUAAGAUAUAAUAUCAAUUAAAUAAUGAUAUGAUAGUCUAGCGAUGUAUUUGAUUCGUGGCCUUCGUUGUUAUACUAUCAUGUAGCCUCAUCAUAGAUUUUAUGUGAUUUGUUAUUUGACCAAGAUUUAUCAUUAUUUUACCUAGAAUAUAUAAAUUAUUGAACUCUGCUCGACAAAUUCAGCAACGUUUUCGUCCAUGGGCGGUAUUCUAAGUCCCGUUUCAGGGAUAUCUUUCGUGUUUUGUUACAUUUAAGUUGAUCUGAAAAAGUAGCUAGUCAUUUGCAAGAUGAGUAGCUCCGAAAAUGUUGCUGUAUUGAGCAUUUUAAUUUACUGUGAUUAUUUUUAACUGUCCCUUGGUUACCCAUAUAAUUGAUAUUUGUUGGAUGUUUUUUAGAUCAGCGUUACGUGUAUGAUGUUUAGAAUAUGUAGCUUUUUAGUCAUUUAUCCUUAUCAUGAAUUUACAUUACGAGAUUUCUCUGAUGACACUCUUGCAGAAAUUUCAAGGCACGGUUUUUAAUUUCAUGCUGGCUUUUGAUUAAAUCCGUAUCAAAAUAAUUAUAAUAGAAUGAUGUCUAAAACCUUACAUAUUUAUUAUUUCCAUGGAAAAUACAUACUCGAUAAUGAUAUAAUAUAUUUGACGCUGUGUAGCUGACAUUGUCUAUUUUAUUUGUGGCAACUGAUGUCUGAUUUUAUGAUGUAGGGUUCUUAUUAAGAUUUGUAGUUUAUGUUCACUAUUUGUGAUUAAACAUCCUCAUUCGAUUGAAAUUUCCCUUGACAAUUAUUUAAUUUAAUAUCGUAUUUAACUACGCUAU